AUGGCCGUGUGCAAGAGAGAGCCUGCGUUUGUGCCAGCCCCUCAGGCAGAGAAGCCAGUGGUGCUGGGAAGUCCAUAUGACACCCCAAAGAGGAAGACGCUGGGGAUCGGCUUCAGGAGUGAAUGGUCUUCGCUGUCACAGGACUCCGUCUCGUCUGAGUCGUCGCAGGACUCCGGGUGGUCCGAGUCUUUGGAUUCAGGAGUUGGGCUGGAUUCACCUGGACAGCUGGACCCAGAACCCUUUGAAGAAGUCUUUGAGAAAGCAGUUCUGCAAUCGGGAAGAGUUGUCAAAGGCAAAAGAUUCCCCGUCCGGAGGAUCCACUCCCUGCCGGAGAGGCUCCUGGGUACCAGCCCUGCCCUGAAAAACAUUUCCAAUGCCAAGGAGUUCAGCAGCCCAGAGACACACGACCGAUCCUUGCACCGGAAAGAGAACAAGGAGAAUGCAGGGUUUGUAUUUAAGAUCCCGCUGAGGCCCACCAAUCACUGCCAGCUUCACCCCUUUGAUGGGAACAGCGAGAAAGACCCUUUUGCACAGAGACCAAACUCCGCCCCGGACCUCCUGUGUGGCACCCCCGAGAAGGAGAACAUGGGGGUGGAAGCUGAGAGCCCAGUGUGCCUGCGCCGCUCCUCCCUCACCUCCUUCGUGACCGACGAAGAGGACGAUGGGUUUAUGGAGAUCCUGGACGAGGAGGAGCUGAAGAACGAUGCGGAUGUGCCGCCGGGGAUGGAGAACUUGCUGACUGCCCCACUGGUGAAAAAGGAAGGCGCUGAUCUGAGGUCGGUGAGACCCAGCAAAUGUCGCCAGCUCUUCAGGUCCCCCUCCAUGCCCAGCAGUGUGAUCCGGCCCAUCCUGAAGCGUCUGGACAGGCCGCAGGACAAAGACACUCCGGUCAAAACCAAGAGGCGGAAGAGCGUGGCUGGCACCCCGAUCGAGGAGAAGACGGAGGAGCCGAAAUCAAGGCUGUUGCGCUCCAGAUCCUUCUGCCAUGAUGAGAUUGAGAACAUCUUGGAUAAUGAUCACCUAGAACUCAUUGGGGAUUUCUCAAAGGCGUAUCUUCUACAGACUGUGGAAGGGAGACAUCAGGACUUGAAAUACAUCUCCCCAGACAUGAUGGUGGCCGUGCUGAACGGCCAGUUCAACAGCCUCAUUGAGAACUGUGUGAUCGUGGACUGCCGGUAUCCCUACGAAUAUGAAGGGGGUCACAUCAAGGGGGCUGUGAACCUGCCACUGGAGCAGGACAUAGAGGACUUCCUGCUUAAGAACCCCAUCGUCCCCUUGGACGUGCAGAAGAGGGUGAUCGUGAUAUUCCACUGUGAAUUUUCUUCGGAGAGGGGUCCCAGAAUGUGCCGGUUUGUCAGGGAAAAAGAUCGGGCAUGCAACGAGUACCCCAACCUGCACUAUCCUGAACUGUACAUCUUGAAAGGAGGGUACAAAGAAUUCUUCCCACAGUACCAAGCACACUGCGAGCCUCGGGACUACCGUCCCAUGCAUCACGAGGACUUCAAGGAGGACCUGCGGAAGUUCCGCCAGAAGAGCCGCACAUGGGCAGGAGAGAAGAGCAAGCGGGAGCUAUACAGCCGCCUCAAGAACUUCUAAACGGGCCCGGGGAAGCUGGGGCAGGGUGUAGGGGGGGCCACAGGGCGACUGCCACAUGCAUUGAAGAGAAACUUGACACAUCUUGCCGCAAGGCUGGGCUGGUUCCCAAGGUGAGAACCGUUCUGCUGAGCCAGUUUCUUUGGACUCGGUUGGAGAUCCAUCUACUCCUUGGCCAGGAAGCCAUGGAACAGAGUAACACAUGCGCAUACCUCCCAUAACCGCACAUACCUCCCGUAAUAACAGAACCGUGUGGCACUCAAGGGCUUCCGAAUCCCCGGGCUCAUUGCCAUCUCCAUGCUGUGAAACUUCUGCCAGGGAGUAGGAUUUGUAGCUCUGAGGUUGACCCAGCUCCUCCAUGAACGGGUGGUUGCACUGGAGAUGGAAGCCAGGCUGGAUAUUUCAGGUACCAUGGAAGGGUCGGGUCGAAGCUGUCCAAGUCUGCGUGUUUCAAAUGGCGACUAUCCUCUGACCUGAUUGGUGGGAUCAUCUUUCAGCAUCUGCAGUGGCACCUGCACUGCCUUGAGGUGAAAACCAGGACGCUGUCGAGCAUCUAUCAAUUGCUACGAGAGGUGUGAGUGUUGAAUCAAGCCCCCCCAAAAGCUGUUCUGAGUGUGGAUGUGUGUGUCAACAAGCUGUUGUGUCUUCAGUCUCUUGAAAGGUUAAACAAAUCAAAUGCAAUCUGAAGCUGACUCGGGGGAAGGUCGUGCUUGACUGAGUCUUCAUUUCUGCCCAGUUCAGUUUUCUAGGGACUCCUGGAGCCAAAUGGCCCUUGGGUGCAGCGUGGAUUGCUGCCUUAGCAAGGGAUGUGGUUUGUCCUUUUAAUCUUACAUGUGUUAUUUAAAUCAUGGCCAAGAGCGGGAAUGCUCCGGGGGUGGGGUGAGGGGGCUAAAAAGAAAGGCCUCGGGGACUGGGGAAGAGCUCCAGGAUUUGCCAAAUUCAGUGCUGAAAAAAGCUCUGCUAGACAGAGGGGUCCCAGUGCCUUUUCAAAUCCCAUCUCUUCCACUCGUCAAGGCCGGAACCAAAGGCAAAUAUCCAGCUCCCCGUCAAGCCGGCUCCACACUCACUUGGGCUUGGAUGGGAGGCAGGUGGGGAAUUUCCAGCUCCCAGUGACGAAUCUUCCAGAUCCCCUCGGCUCUGCCGUGGCAGAUCUUAGAACCGUCCCCUGCCGAUUGCCAACUCACUCCCCCCUGCCCGACGUCAGCAGCCAUAGUCUCCAACAGCUAGAGCGACACCCCAGCACUAUAGAGCCCUGGCGUCCCCUAAAGCACUCGCCUCUGACUCUAGCCGUGAAUAAGCUUGGCUGUCAGCGUCAUUGGCAUCCUGGCUGUUAACGUCAUUGGCAUCGAUUUAAGCGGAGAGCGAGGGAGAGGGGCUAGCGACCUUGCUGGGAGCGGCUCAGACCCCACAAUGGCAGGAACAGGCUACGAAUGUGAAGCGGGUGGAUGGGCACCACCAGCAAAACAAACCAGUGUAUUGAGAUGUGCACGGGCCUCGCUGAGUGAUUGCAAUAUAGCCGCUCUGUCAUGGCUACCCUGCUGCACCCGGACAUCCAGUCUGUUCGUGACCCUCGUUUAAAAGCCCCCCCUCUUCUGGGCAGUAACUUGUUUUGUGAAGUGAUCAGUAUGGGGGAGUUGUGGGGAGACAGGCAGGGCUCAAAUGGAGAAGCAAGAUGGUAAUCAGAGUGAUGUGACUUGGAAAGUGAAUUAUCUGCAAGACUGAAAGAAGUAGAGGUCGGCACCAGAUGCUCACAGUGCCUUUCCAAGCCCUGGCCCUGCGAUGGUGGUGAGAAAAGAGUUUGAUUGCUAUCGUCGUAUUCAGAGUUGGGGAUUUAGGAAACGGAUAAAAUCAUUUGAGGGUGGACAGAAUGGCUUAGACUCAGCUGGAGCCAGCUCUUAUUUUAUCUGCUCUUAAGGUCAGAAACUGUUCCCUUAACUCCUUUAAGGUCACACCUAGGGUGCCUUUCGUGGCACAAGGUGGAAAUACCAACUUCUGCCUGAGGCAAUGCUGCUGUGCAGGAUUUGUGACCUGAUUGAAAGCAAAACCCAUGAGGCACCUAGAUCAGAGGGUAGCGAAGCAUCAAACCUCUGGACAGCGGUGGUCCUGCUAGGCUGCAAUAUUGCUAGCUCCAGGGGGCCUUGGUUAGCCUAAACCAGCCUCCUUCUCCUCCCCAUAGGGGAGGUGGGGAUGCUCUGCAGCCUUAGGAUUGGCUCUGCUUCCUCCCUCUGCAUCACACUGCUGAGAUCAGGGAGGCAGCAGAGUCUGGAGGUCAGGGCCACCUUGGUUUUGUUCCUGGGGUAGGCUCUGGGCCUGAGUCUCCUUUUAAUUACAGGUGUGAAAACCCAGUUUAGCUCCAUUGACUUCAGUGAGGUCAAUCCAAAUUUGCGUCAGGGUAAAUUUAGAGCUGAAUUAGGGCUUUAACGUCUUGGUGCCUCAGUUUCCCCACCUCUGUUUUAGGAUUUGACGCUGGUGCCCAUCACUGUAGUAUCUGACCCCCUUCCACAAAUACUGACCCGUCUUUGCACCAGUGGGCGAGUGGUAAAAACGCUGUCCGGGGAGCUUGUCAUGGGCUUUUGGUGUUCUCUAUGACCAGUGGAAUUCUGGGGCCGAUUCUCCAUCAGUGUAAUUGCAUUGAAACAGUAGGAACCUGACUUCAGGGCUGUUCCAUGGGUGUAUCUAAUGGGUAAUAACUAGUGGGAAUUGGCCUGAUGGAAAAACAGGCUGCGAAAUGGAGAAUCCUGCAGUCUCUCUGAAUAGCCAUGUACUAAAACCACCUGGGAGAAAUGCUUCAAUCCCCUGUUCUGUGAUCAUCCUGGGCAGCUAGUUCUGUGUUGGGCCUCUCUGGUACUCCCUAAGUAUUGAAUCUAACUCAGUGGUCCCCAACCUUUUCGUCUGACAGGCGUCAGAUGAAGGACCAUGGCAGCGGUCAAGCAUCUGCCGAAAUGCUGCUGAAAUUCGGCAGCAGUGCCUCUGGAUAACGUUGCGUUUUGGCGGCAAGCGGCGUCAUCCAGAGGUGUCGCUUUGGCGGCAUUUUGGCGGAUGCUUGCUGGCCAGGAUGCAUGGUGCCCGUGGGCAUCGGAUUGGGGACCCCUGAUCGAACUUAAUAGCAAGAAACUAGAAGCACUCAGAUGCCCACACUGGGAUUCAGCAGCAAUGCGGGAAAAGCACUUAAACCGAAUUUGCCGCCAAAGAGCAAGACCAGCUGUAGCUUUGUGCCUGCGUAAGGGCCCAGUGCUCUGCUUGCUCCAGCUUCAAUCAGGAGUGACUGCAUUGGAGUCAGAGGGAGGAUGGUGUCCUGUGAAAGGUGAGGCGAGAUCAGGCUGUGCCUCCUGCACCAAUUUGAGUUCUGAAUCUUUGGGAACAUUAACUCUUCUAUUGCAUCUGAUGCCAGGUGUGUAUGUGAUGGUGUUUUUUAAUUAUUUAACAGAUUUUGUAUUUUAAUAAUGCUAUUUCCAAAUAUGUUAAGCGAUUUUUAUGUAGUGUGUGGGGAGGGCUUCCAGGGUUAUCUUUAGUGUAUAUUUAUGACCCAAACAUUUCCAAUGUCGAUUUGUACAAAUGAUCAAAUCAGUCACUCGUGGAUGCAACAAGAAUAAAAUCCUCUGUGGAGGGUAAAUGACGCAGUGGGCUGGAUUCUGAUCCUGCAUCUUCCAGCAUAGGUAUGAAGCAAUGCCAUUGACUCAAGCUUUAAACCGAUCUGGCCCACACCAUGGAAAUGCUACCCAAUCCGCGUUUACACUGGUGUAAAUGACCAUGAAGUGCAAGGCAGCAGAAAAUUGGGCUUGGUGUUUCCCAAAUGUCCCUUUGGUGUAAAUUUCCUGUCUUUAACAUAGCAGUGCUCUGCCCUGACUGAUCAGGUGGGGGCUGCCAGGGUUGUACAGGAGACUCAUGGGACUGAGGCUGAUUGCAGGGUGUUGGGUAUUGUGAGUGGUGUGAUUGCUUUGUUUUCUUUUGUCUGUACAUUUGUGUUAAAAGAUUUAUACCCCUUCGUGACUUACUUUUCUAUGUCUGGGGAGAGGAGACACCUGGUUUCCUAUGCAGUGAUGUGUAACCACUAGAAAAAUAAACCUCUGGGUCAAAAGUA